AUGCCUUUGGGAAUAUUAGAAGACCGUCACCUAGAGCACGUCCCGGGGACGUCGCCCUUGAACGAGCUGGGCCAUGUUGGAGUCGAGGAUCCAGUGGGCAUCGAUUCCAACUUCCUCAAGCAUGACCCAAGCGGCAAAAUUGUGCUCGUUCCACAGCCAUCAGACUCGCCCAAUGAUCCUUACAACUGGCCGAAAUGGAAGAAGAGGAUGUUCACGGUUGCCAUCGCUUACGGCUGUGGAUGUGUAGGAGCGGUCGGUCCUCUGCUCACUGCCGCGCUGGCUCCCCUCGCCGAACAGUUCGACAUCCCCUUGCAACAGUUCACACUCGGUCUCCAAGGCUCUUGCAUCGUUGCCAUCGCCGUGUCCAGUCUUAUCUGCAAUACCCUGGCCGUUAAAAUCGGCAAGCGGCCGAUAUACAUCGUGACAUCCAUAUUGCUUAUGGUUUCUUGUUUCUGGGCUGCCGAAUCUAAGUCUUUCGGAUCCCUCGCCGCCGCACGAGCGGUUCAGGGUUUCGCCAUGGCUCCUAUGGAAGCCCUCGUCCCUGCUUCCAUCGCAGAUAUUUGGUUUGUGCACGAGCGUGGGUUCCAAUCUGCUGUGUUCAACCUAGGCGUGCUGGGCGGUAUCAACCUAGCCUCCCCGAUUGCUGGCUCCAUCAUCCAAUACGGAUCCUAUCGCAUCUGCCUCAACGCAAUGGGCGGGGCAUUCGUACUGCAAUUGAUCCUCACUGUGCUUUUCAUGCCCGAGUCUGCGUAUCAUCGCUCCGGCGCGAUUGACAUCGACACCACGGACAAGUCCUUCAGCCAGAUGCUGGAGAAGAAGACUGAUUUUGAACACACGGAAGAGAAACCAACCUCCAGUCCGACCACAGAACUGAGCAACGAAGCAAAGAAGUCAUUCGUGCGCGAACUCCUGCCUUAUGAUGGAUACUGGGACAAGACAUCAUUUUGGAGAACUCUCAUCCGCCCGUUCUUCUUCCUGGGCUCUCCCAUGGUAGCCUGGGCCACGCUGCUAUUCACCACCUGCAUUUCCUGGCUGGUGCUCAUCUCCAUUACGCUGUCGCAAAUCUUCUCGGCGCCUCCCUACAAUUUCUCCAUUACGGCUGUCGGCGCCUCGAAUCUGUCCUCCUUCGUGGCCACUUUGCUCGCCACGGCUCUAGCGGGACCUCUCAUCGACGGCCUCGCGAAGUUCAUGUCGAAGAGAAAUAAGGGCAUAUUCGAGCCCGAGUUCCGUCUGCCCAUCAUGACCACCUACCUGUUCUUCACUGCGGUCGGGUUCUUCUCCUGGGGCCAGUCCCUUUACGCCCAGGACCCCUGGCCCGUGCCCGUGAUUGUGUGCCUGGGCCUCAUCAAUCUCGGUGUCCAGCUCGGCACGACGGGGGUAGUGACGUACAUCGUCGACUGCCACCGCGAGCAGGCCGCGGAGGCGUUUGCCAUCAUGAAUUUUGUCAAAAACAUGUUCGCCUUUGGGCUGACCUUCUACGCCAAUGACUGGAUCAUGGUCCAGGGAGUGAGGAACUGCUUCUUUGUCAUCGGGGGCAUUACAGCGGCGGUUGUGCUUACAACCAUACCCAUGUAUAUCUUCGGGAAGAAGGCUCGGAGCUGGACCUACCGGCAUCGCGUUAUUACUAGAGUUGUGGAGUGGGCUCAUUGA